CAGCGACGGACGUACCGCAUACCGUACUCCGUGCUCUGUCUCCGUGCUCCGCACUCCGCACUCCGAACUUACAGUACUCGGAAUCCGUAGGCGUACUCCGUAUUCCGUAUUCAGAGUCAUCAGCUGCAGUUACACGUACGCAGCCCGGCCGUGCAAGUGUGUCCGUAUAUCCGUAGAGCCAUCUCUUUCGCUCUUCCCCCUUCGAAGGCAGUGCGUGUCCGUAAUUGGCAGGUCUCAUUGUAACCCGUAACCAGAAACCCGGAGACGUGCCAAGUGCCACAGAUAAAUUAACUGGACGCGAACGCGCCUCAUUUGAAUGCCAAUCGAUUGACGGCUAGUUUGGCGAUUCCAAUCCGUAGUGCGUGACCCGUGCAUCCCUCGCAGGAUAACUGAAGACACGUACCACAGACACGUGCGUGUGUGUUUGUGUGACGCGGACAACAAAAGGAUGCGGCCUUCAAAACGAAUGCCACGCCCCCUUCAAUCCGUGCCCCAAGUCAAGUGCAAUAACAAGUGAUAGAGUGAAAAAGUAACUAAACAAAAACACAACCCAUUUGAAAGAAGUCUCUCGAAAAGCAUCGCUAUGUUGCCCUACCAGGCAGCCGUGGCCAUGGACUACGCCGGAUACCAAAGGCAGCCCACGCCAGGACACCCCGGCAGCCACAUGGCCACCAUGGGAUCCCUGGGCAUGCCGGCGGUGCCCUUUACCCACAGCUGGAUGGUGCCCACGCAGGACCUGUGCGCCAUGCCCCCAUACAACAAAAUGCCCGGACACCAGCAGCCGCCCGGACCCGGAAUGCAUGCCCAGCAACAGCCCCUCGAACCCGGCAUCCUGGAACUGCGCAAGGAGAAGUCGAGGGACGCGGCGAGAUCGCGUCGCGGGAAGGAGAACUACGAGUUCUACGAACUGGCCAAGAUGCUCCCCCUGCCGGCAGCCAUCACCAGUCAGCUGGACAAGGCCUCCAUCAUAAGACUGACUAUCAGCUACCUGAAGCUGAGGGACUUCUCUGGUCACGGAGAUCCCCCAUGGACAAGGGAGGCCUCGAGCAGCAGCAAGCUAAAGAGUGCCGCCAUUCGUCGAAGUCCCGCCGUUGACUUGUUCGAGCAACAUCAGGGCACCCACAUAUUGCAGUCACUGGAUGGCUUCGCCCUGGCUGUGGCGGCAGACGGACGCUUCCUGUACAUCUCCGAAACGGUGUCCAUUUACUUGGGCCUGUCGCAGGUGGAGAUGACGGGCAGCAGCAUCUUUGACUACAUCCACCAAGCAGAUCACUCGGAGAUCGCCGAGCAGUUGGGCCUGAGCCUCACGAGCGGCGGCGGCGGAGGUGGCGGAAGCUCGAGCAGCGGCGGUGGCGGCGGCGGAGCGGGAGUGGGCAUGGCCUCACCCACUUCCGGAGCCUCCGACGAUGGCAGCGGCACACACGGUACGAACAAUCCCGACGUGGCUGCCUCGAUGACCCAAGCCUCGACGAGCGGCUACAAGGGCUACGACCGGAGCUUCUGCAUCCGGAUGAAGUCCACUCUGACCAAGCGCGGCUGUCACUUCAAGUCCUCUGGCUAUCGGGCCAGCGAUGCAACGAGCAAUUGCAACAACGGUAGCAAUGCUAGUAACAAUGCUAAAAACGUUAAGAAUCCGGGCUCAAACUAUUCGGUGGUUCUGCUGCUGUGCAAGCUGCGUCCCCAGUACACCUUCUCCCACAGCCGCAAGUCGCAGCCUCCUCUCCUGGGAAUGGUUGCCCUGGCCAUCGCUUUGCCCCCGCCUUCGGUGCAUGAGAUCAGACUGGAGUGCGACAUGUUCGUGACCCGAGUCAACUUCGACCUGCGAGUGGCCCACUGUGAGCCAAGGGUGUCCGAUCUGCUCGACUAUUCGCCCGAGGAUCUGGUCAACAAGAGCUUGUACUCACUGUGCCACGCCGAGGAUGCCAUUCGCCUACGCAAGAGCCACUCCGACUUGAUCGAGAAGGGUCAGGUGCUGACCGGCUACUACCGACUGAUGAACAAGAGCGGGGGCUACACCUGGCUCCAGACCUGCGCCACCGUGGUCUGCAGCACCAAGAACGCGGACGAGCAGAACAUCAUCUGCGUGAACUACGUGAUCAGCAACCGGGAGAACGAGAACAUGAUCCUGGACUGCUGCCAAUUGGAACCCAGUCCGGAUAGCAUAAAGCAUGAGGAGGGUCUGGGCAACGACAAGAGCAGUGGUUCGCCAGGAGGAGAUGCCAGCGGCGAGGGCAACUCGCACCUCAGUGCCGGAGACAUGAAGCUCAACUCCCCGAAAACGGAUCCCGAGGGCCAUUCGCACCGCGGAAGGGGACGAAGUGCAGCCACCUCGCAUGGUAAUAACAUGAAUAAUCUGACCAUGAUCAAGGAUAGUCCAACACCUCUUGGCGUGGAGAUCGAUUCGGGGGUACUGCCCACCACAGUGGCCACUCCAGUGCCAGCAGCCACUCCCAACGGCAACGGCUCAGGCAGCGGAGUGCAGUCCACCAAACGGAAGCGGAAAACCAAGGCGUCGCAGCAGGCCGAUGAUCAGGGUCAGGAGCAAGUGAUCCCCGAUCAGCCUCUGCCCAAGCUCCCGGCCAUGGAGCAGCGAGAUCAGCAGCCUCGUAGCCGCUUGCCCUCGAUCGUGGAUGAGCAACCGUCUUCAGCAGCGGAUUCCGCAGUCAAGGAUCUGGAGCAGGCCAUGUCCAAGCAUUUGCCCUCUCCGGCGGCCGUGGUAUCGGUGCCCCCGUCCAACACCGACUUCAGUGCCGACUCCCUGCUCAAGCAGCAGCAACAGCAACAUCAGCAGCAACAGCUGGAUCCCAACGAAAAGAGCAGCACCAUCCAGUGGAUAGGUGGAUACCAGCAGCCACCGGCCCCCAUGCCGGCUACCGCUCUCCUCCGACAGCUUUAUGCCAACCGGGAAAGCGUGAUCCGGGCGACGGCCAGGCAAACGCCUACCGGAGUGGGACCCGGAGUUUUCUACGGUGACCAGCAAACGGGACCCCUCCCUACGCCGCCGGGCAGUGAGUCAUCCUACGAAAAUCAAUACCUGCAGCUGCACUCCGCCGCCUCCGGGGGUCAUCCCGGUGGCCAGAAAACCUCCGCCGAUGCCUUCACCAACUUGGUGUCCACCUACGGGGGAUACCACAGCUCCAUCGACUAUCACAACGCCAUGACCCCGCCCAGCUCAGUGUCUCCAAGGGAUUCGAAUCAGCCCGGAAAGGCAGCUCCUGUACUGACUUCAAACGGGGGCUACGACUAUGCACCCGAUCCGCUACGGGUUCAAUAUGCAACUGCCUCCGGAGACGGUGUGCCCGCAUCGCUGCCGCUGAAGCCCCAGGCCUCGUACACGGCCACAAUGCAUCCUUCGGGCAGCACAACCACCGAGGGCGGAGUGACCUACAGUAAUCUCGACCAGCCGCAGUACUUUGCUCCCCACUCGAGCUUUCACCUUUACCACAAGGGCAGCCCGGCCAGCGGAUGGUACUCGACGGCUUCCUAGGUGAUAGACGACCAGGGGCAGGCUCCGCAAUCCUGUCAGGACCAGUACCACCACCACCAUCAAGAAGGAUCAGCAGGAGCUAGUGGGAGUCCGGCGGGGGAGCGUUGGGACUUUGUGGGGGCGCUGGGCAAGGUGGCUAGGAUGUUCUUCAGUGCUAGGAAGGGAAAUCCGGGUUAAAGAGCAGGUUUGCCCCCAGCUCCACUCCGACAGCAAUCCCAAGGAGUUAGAAUAGAGUUAGGACAAACUAAAGCGUUAAAAGAAACAUUCAAUGUUGUUAAAUAGUUCUUAAGUCUGUAAAUUAUGACACCCACACUCCGCACUCGGAGACUGGGACACACGGAGACCCAAUGAAAUUAUAGGCAAAAAUACUCAAAACGCAAUUAAUUUAAAAGAAGAAACUAACAACUAGUAAAGCUAAUCGUAAUUAAAGUUAAAGGUACAGUAAGACUUGCAUAGAGUGCCAAGGAGCAGGAACCGAGCAGCAGUGCGCUGCGAGAGAGGGAAUCAAAAAUGAAACGGCUUGAACUUCACCCUCUCCCAACCAAUUGUUAUUAAUUAUUUAAAUCAAGUGUAAUUUUAGCCAGACAUACACACACGCAUAUAACAGAUAAGCCCCCUAAAUAUGUAAACAUAAAUAAAUAUAUUUAAACUUUUUACAACAUAUCAAAUGCUUCCUCCUGUAGACUUAGGAUUACCUUUAACGACACUCGCCCUAGGAUAUUCAUUUCGAUUCGAUACUCGACCCCAUCAAGUCGACCCAUUAUUACCUCUAAGAGUUCCGCUACCGUUCGUCUACUUCCGUUUCCUCCCUAUUGUAUAUUUAAUGAAACCAUCUUUAAACCGAGUUAAAGUAAACUAAAUGCAAAGGCAACAAAUUAAAAGUGUAAUUAAAUUUUUUAUAAAAACAAAGAAAGUUUCUCCCAUUAAAGGCU